AUGGAUCAGAACUCAAAUGAAAACUUCGACAUGUUGAACGGAUAUAAUAACACCUCAGAUAUAAAUGAAAACCCAAGUGAAUAUUACAAGGAAGAAAGUAAAAACAUGAGUGGACACAAUUCCAAUUUAGAGGAUGAAAAUGGUAGAGAAUCUAUUGUGGGGGCACAAUAUAUACCUGAUUUACACGGCUUAGGUAGAGAGAGACAAGCGUUAUCUUGUAAGGUAAAUGUGAUAGAAAUACCAGGACAAGUAACACCUUAUCAUACUCCAAAUGAUGAUACAUGUUCAUAUGUAGAAUCAUUGUAUGAUGAAGAUGGAAUACCACUUACAACUACUUCAAAUGGUGGUACAAAUGAAAAGAAAUUAUGGUCUUGGACUAGUGAUGGGAAAUUAAAACUACUAUGUUCACAGCCAAUAAUUCCUGUAUCUGUUGUACAAGAUAUACUAAGAAGAGAUAAAAUUAUUUUAAUACCACAAGUAGAAGUAACAGAUUUUGUUAUUCCAAAAGUAUAUAGUCAAAAUAUUAAGCAUGAUAUACCAAAAUUAGAUAUAAAUGUAAAAUGCUCUAAUAUACAAAUUCCAAAUGUUAAGUAUGUAGAUAAAGAAAUAAUUAUACCUAUUAUUACUGGAUACACUCAUAAAUUUAUACCAAAAUGGGAAAUACAUAAAGUACCUAGACCUAUAGUUAAAUAUAUUGGUGAACAAAAAAUAGUUGAAGUACAAGUACCUGAAAUAAAAUAUGUGGAUAAAAUAGUAGAAAAAGAAAUUAUUGUUGAUACGGUUGAAAAACGAAUUCCUAAAAUUAUAGAAAUACCCAAAUAUGUUGAUGAAGUACAAUAUGUAUGGAAACCUAUUGAAAAAAUUGUAUAUAUACAAAAACUUGUACCAAAAUUUGAUGUCAAUCUUGAGUGUCCUCCACCUUUAAUAGUUCCAUAUCCUGUACAAACCAUUAAACAAAUACCACCUGUUAUGAUUAAAAAAGAUACAAAAAUUCCUGAUGACUGUAAUUACAAUGAUUCCUUAUAUUCACCAGAAGGAUCUCUACCUAUCCCUAAAGAAUAUAUUACUCAUUUUACGACACAACAACAAAAAUCUGUAAAAGGGAUGUUUUCAACUUGUUGCACAUCAAAUAUGGUAAAAUGCACAGACGAUCAACACAAUACAUAUCAUGAUGGUAUGCCAUAUAAUACUGGUUUAAUACCUGCAGAAAUGGCUUUAGAGGACGGUCUAAAUAUUUGUAGUUACUCUAACUCUUUUGUAAAUAGAAACCAGGAAUCCGUUUUAAAAAAGAGGGAAAACCAACCCGUUAAUGUGAACGCAUAA